AGAUAUUCUGUUUUGUUUCCGGGUCACGGAGCUGUUCGUAUAUUUACAGAUGAGUGAGCAUCUCUAUACGAGCAGACUGACCGUCGAUGAGAUGACAAACUUCCACUUUUCUUUUUCCAUUUUUGACUGUUGAACUUGAGGAAGAUGUCCGGGUGUCGGGAUGUUAAAGGUUUAUUCAGAGAGCAGCUGUUUGUCUCUGAACCAACAACAACUCUGUCCGGAUAUGAAGAGGAGGAGGAUCACCAAAGUAAAGAGCUGAGAGGGUUUCUGACCUUUUCUGUGGAGGGGAGAGUCUGUUUAUCUGAAAACUUGAUUUCUCUGAAUGUUUUAUAUCCUCACACAUCGUGUUAGCAAACUUAAGGGUCUUUCUCAUAUUAACACUCAGGUACUUAAUUGGCUGUCUGAGAAAACACUGUAAUAGGAGUACAUCUUUGUCUUUGAGGAUACAAUGAUCAGUCAGUUUGAUCUGCUCCUGUGAAGGACCGAUCACCCCUCCUGUGAAAAUUAUCAUCUCUGUUUAAUUUCCAUCUAAAGUAGGGUUGUCUUUGGUACUUUAGUUCAACUAGGGCUGUCAAAACUGGUCCAAGAAUGAGGAGAAUUUAAGUGCGCAUGUCAUAGACUGUCUAAAAGUCUCUUUUCUAAUUCAACUUUAUUUUUAUGACACUUUUCAGACAAAAAGAUGUAGUUCAAAGUGCCUCAGAGGCUAAAACAACAAUAAAACAACAAUAAAACCCGACUCACCCACACACACACACACCCAUGGACCCACACAUACACAUGUACACACAAGUGCACACAGAGUGAGAAUUUAAUAUAUAUUGUUAGAGACAUGGCCUGACACUGAGACAUUACGUGAGGAAAGAGCUACCUUUAGGAAACACUGGAGAUAAAAGAUAAAAAUGGUGAAAAGAGAAUAAAACCUGAUGGACUAAAACAAGAGAAUAAAAUGAACAGAUAAGUAAGAGCUCUUUACUGCAGAGCUCUUUAACAACUGAUACAGCUUUAAAUAAUGCAAAGAUUUGACUGUCAACCUUUAAAAUCUGCUCUGGACUUUUUGGGGGUAUAUAAAAAUAUCAUCAUAAAAUAUCACAAACGUAAGAUGAAGUUAAAACAUGAACUCUAAGCUUCUUUUUUUUUUUUUGAUUUUCAGUGUUUUCCACAGAGGUCCAGCAGCUGUCUGGGAUAAAAGAAGAGCCUCCUGAGCAGCAGGAGUAUGGCUCCAGUCUGGAUCUGGAGGACACAAAGCUCCUCGACAUUAAGGAGGAACAGGAGGAACUCUGGAGCAGUCAGGAGGGAGAGCAGCUUCAAGGGCUGAAGGAGGCUCACUUUCAAUUCACUCCUGUCUCAGUGAAGAGCGAAGGUGGUGAAGAUGAGCUUCACCAAAGACGAACAGAUCACAUAGACACACACAGUGAGAAUUGUGAAGGACCAGAACCAGCCUGGAACUCAAAUCUGGAAAGACAUUUACAACAAGUGACUGAGGUUGAGAUUGAGGACUCUUCUGAACCUGAGACUGAGGACAGUGAGGAUUAUUGUAAAGACACAAAAGACCGCCAGUCAGGAUUAAACAUAAAGGAGAUGAGCCCAAAGACGAGCAAAAAGCUGCACAGCUGCUCUCUGUGUGGGAAAACAUUCAAAAGAAACAGGCGUCUAACGAAACACAUGAUUAACCACACACGAGAGAAACACCUCAGCUGCUCUGAGUGUGGGAAAACAUUCAAAAGAAAUGGACAUCUAAACAAACACAUGAUUAAUCACACAGAAGAGAAAUGCCUCAGCUGCUCUGAGUGUGGGAAAACAUUCACCCAAAAGGGAACUCUGAACAGACACAUGAUAACUCACACAGGCGAGAAACCCUUCAGCUGUUCAUGGUGUAACAAAAGCUUCUACUCCAAAGAAAAUAUGACCCAGCAUAUGUUAGUUCACACAGGAGAGAAACCCUUCAGCUGCUCUGUGUGUGGCAAAAGAUUCACCCAAGGAGGAAAUCUGGCCAGACACACCUCAGUUCACACAGGAGAGAAACCCUUCAGCUGCUCUGAGUGUGGUAAGAAAUUUACACAGAAAGGAAAUCUUACCCAACAUAUGUCAGUUCAUAGAGAAAAGAAACCCUUCAGCUGCUCUGUGUGUGGUAAAAGAUUCAAAGAAAUGAUUUAUCAGGUUCGACACAUUAGAAUUCAUCGAGAGAAACCCUGAGAGAGGUCCGAUCAUGAACUGAAUUCACAUGGCACAACAGAGAGGAAAUCCAGUUUAUCAAAUGGUCAGGUUGAAAACACAUUUGUUUGAUGUUUUUAUUAUUUUGUUGUUUUGACUUUAGAGUGUCUGUGAAGCUACACAAUCUGUUUGUAUUACUGUAAAUAAGUUCUACACGAAGAAACCAGCUCAAGAUUAGAGAUACUUUAUGGCUUUGAAUUAUGCACUUAUAAUGUUUUAACUAAUAUCUGUAGAUAUAUUCCUAAUAUUAUGAAUUUGAGUGAAUUGUAAUGAAGUGUGUGGGUGCAGUAGUGUGUUGUGUCUUUGCCUCGAACCAAAAACGGACAACUUUCAUCUUGAUUUUAUUACAUUUUUAACUGAUGUAAAACUACCGGGGUCUACUUUGUAUUAUGUACUUGGUCUCACUCACAGUGAGUCUGUUAGCCAAGUUAGACAGCUGAUAAACACAAGUGCGUCCACAAAGACUGUCACUCAGACUAAAUGAAAUAUAGACUGUCAUACAAGAAAUUAAAAUCUCAACUAUUGGCUGUAAUCUCAGCCUUGACAGCUUGCGCAAAGCGACCUAAAGUCAGCCAUUUCAAUAUGUCCAAGCAUCCCCACUCAUAGCCAUAUCAUUAAGGUCUGUAAUAAACUAAACCAUUUGUAAAUCUGUCA